AGCAGCUCCCUGCUGAGAUUACAGAGCUCCUCAGGAGAGGCACAGCAGCACUGCAUUAAAGAAGAGCCCACGUACAGCUGCAAUGCUCAGCACGAAGCCGCUCCUGCUGCUCCUGCUGCUCCUCAGCAUCUCCCAGCACAGCUCCACAGCCCCAUAUGCACCUUCAGAAUGCUGUUUCACACUUGCAAAAGCUGCACUCCGGCUUGAAGUGCUGAAGAAUUUCUAUGAGACUUCCAGUGACUGUCCUCUGAAAGCAAUUGUGUUUGAGACAAAGAGCGGGAUGAAGGUCUGUGCAAAACCAAACGCACCUUGGGUGAAGAAAGCAAUUAAGCAUCUUCAGAAAAAGAAGGAGCCUCAAGCUGUGUGAUGCAGAGAGAACACCCAAGUCGAAGAUCACAGCUUCCUGAUGGGAAGAUUUACACUCAGCCUCCUGCGGAGGUCCCCGAUGCUGACAGAUGGCAGUGACUCCCCAGAGCCCUGCAGGGCAGUACAUCCCGAGGUGCUGCAGCCCUGCCAGCUCCCACCUGCAGAACACAGCUCCGAAAUAAAGGUUUAUUUCACACA